AUGAAGCGAUUUUCUACGGCGGUUGCCAUCACCGACCCCUUGGUCAAGUAUCAGACGCUGGUCAGGUCUGGCACAUAUGCGCCGGACCCGGCCCAGCAUCGACUGAUUGAGUAUCGGCAGAGGCUGAGCCAGGUGGCCCGCCUCACCGAUCCAAAGCUGCCGGAUAAUGAGGCGGCGCACGGCAUCCUCGCCCUGCGGCAUCAUGCCAUCUGGCGCAACCCGCUCUUUCGGCACCUUCUACCGGCUGCCGACCUUCGCGACAGCAUGGCCUUGACAAGGAUUCUCAAUAGGCACGAAACGGCCAUGGAAAUUGACUCGCCAAAGGGCCUCUUUCUCUCUGGAGAGGUGGGAACAGGCAAGUCGAUGCUGCUGGACUUGCUGGCCCACGGCUUGCCGACGGAGCGCAAGCGACGAUGGCAUUUCAAUACGUUUAUGCUCUACACCUUUUCCCAGCUCGAGAAGCGCAAAGGAACCGCGGAUUCCUCCGAUCCAGAUCCCGACUACUCGCUCGUCUGGAUGGCUAAGAAGCUCAUCGACGACUCGCCCAUCCUGUUCCUAGACGAGUUUCAGCUUCCUGAUCGAGCAGCCAGCAAGAUCCUCAGCCAUCUCUUCGUCGCCUUCUUCCAGCUCGGUGGCGUUCUCGUAGCAUCGUCGAACCGCAUGCCCGAGGAGCUACAGAAGGCCGUUGGGACGGACUACACGCCGGAACCCGCGCAGGGCUUGAUACGGAGGCUAUGGGGCGCCCAGGCCAAGCCAGCGGGCGAGCUGUACGGUCAAAGCAGCGACUUUGCCAUCUUCCUCGAGGUUCUGAAAGCCAGGUGCGAUUUCUGUCAGAUGGAAGGCGCGAAAGACUGGAGGCGCAGAGAGGAGGUGGACGCGCGGGACACUGCGAGAACCGUGGCUGCGGGAAAGGGAGGACUCGAAGUUGGCGAUGGCAGCCUAGAGCAAGAUGACGAGCCCGGCAAGAAGCCUCAAUACUACCACCUUUGCGGAGAGGACGAAGAAGCAUGGGAACGAAGGGUGCGCAACACGCUCUCGUGGACUGGUGCAGGCGAGAUCUCAUGGGACCCUUCAACCGUCGUCGUGUAUGGGCGCAAUGUGUGCACUCCGCUGCAUCGCAACGGCAUUGCCUACUGGAGCUUCGGCAGACUGGUCGAAGCCUUUGGACCCGCCGACUACAUCACCAUGGCUUCAUCCUAUCACACCUUCAUCGUCGACCAAGUGCCCGUCUUGACCAUGCUGCAGAAGAACGAGGCGCGCCGAUUCAUCACCUUUCUCGACGCCAUGUACGAAGCACGCUGCAAGCUCGUCAUCAGAGCCGACAGCCCGCCCGACGACCUCUUCUUCCCCGAGGCGCGACGAGGCCCGGAGAGCAAGCCGGGGACACCCCAGGGCUCAGACGACGCGACGUACUCGGAAACCGUGGCGGAGGUGUACCAGGACCAGACGUCGCCCUUCCGGCCAAACGUGUCCUACUAUGAUACCGAGUCGGCCACGGCGCGGUACAACCCCGACCAGGACUCGGACUUUGGCCUCCAGCGGCACGGCGCCGUCGUCGACUUUGGCAACACGGCUGCGUUUACGGGCGAGGACGAGCGCUUCGCGUACAAGAGGGCCGCGUCGCGGCUCUGGGAGCUGUGCAGCGCGCGGUGGCAUGCCAGGACCGGGGACUGGUGGCAGCCGCUGCCGGCCGAGGCGCGGCACUGGGAGGGCGGGACCUCGUCGACGCCGGCGGCUGGGGCUGCGGCGGCUGGGCGCGGGACAGGUUCGGGUGAGGGCAUGGGGCCGAGCGUUGAGGUGCAGGAGGUGGUCGGGCUGGCUAAGUGGAGCGUUGAGCGUCUGAGGAAGCAAGACGACGAUGGGCAAUAG